GCUGCGCAGUGAGUGCGGCGGAGAGCAGCGAUUGAAUUGGGCAUCCGGGUUCCCGGUAAAGUAUUCUGGAAGGCCUCAUUUGAAAAAUGAAGUAAUAAUUCGCAGCAACAAUGUCAGAGGAUUUGAAGAGGAGAUUUGAAUUCCAAAACUCAGUAAUCCAGUCACAGGCCGUGGGACACCUGGUUGCUGCUGUGUUAAAAGAAAAGGGGCCGUCAUCUCUGAUAAACUAUUCUUCAGAUCAGUGCCCUGCAUUGAAUUUGUUAUGGGAGAAGUGCUGCAGUGACAAUGUGGUGGUUCGGACAGCCUGCUGUGAGGCAUUGGUUGCACUUGUUGCACGGAACCGUGCUGAUUUUAAUUAUGUGCUCAAUGGAAUUUUGAAGCUAAUUCCCUCUGCCAGUAAUGUCCAAGGUUUGAUUAGAAGUAUUGGUAAAUUGCUACAGAUGCAAGCACAGGGAACUGAACAAAGUAAGAAAACAGUGUAUUCGUGUCCCUAUGCUAUCAGGAGCCCUCCACAUCCUUAUAUUUUUGUAUUGGAGAACAAACCUCUUAGCUGGCCAUUCCUCCUUCAGCAGAUAUCGACUAUGUUUCAACAGCCUUCAGAGAGGCCAAGUGCACCCAUUGUGCCAAUGAUGGCACCGUUUUUCAAAUAUCUGUACUGUGAACCUCAUUGCCUGCGAGAGAACUGUGAGCUUCGUCUUAGUCUUCUUAAGAUUGUACUUCAGACCCAAUCUGAAGAGGGAAAGAAUGCACCUACUCUGUUUGUCCAGCAGGCUCUGCAACUCUUCUUUGAUCUUGUUCCACACUUGCAGGUAACUAGUUUGGCACAGGUUACAGAAGUUGCUAUAUUUCUUAAAGAGUUAUCGCUAGCUUUCCUCCACCAUGCUCAUUUUUGGAAGUCUGAGCUAGCCCAGCUGUCUCUGCAACUGCUUUGUGUUUGUGAAUUUAGUCUGCAAAUCACAGGAGAAUUCUCUUCCCUUAUUCAUCAAAUUCAGAUGAUUGUCAGCAAUGUCCCCGAGAGUAUUCAUGCUGAAAAGAUGCUUGUUGGACUGAGCUUACUUCUGCUACAGACUCCAGUGUGUCAGCAAGAGCCCAUUUUGAAUCUCGCUCUGAAGAUCCUGUCUUUGUCAUCUGUGCACAAUUUACACAAGGCAGCUCUGAUCCUAGUGAUGCCAUUACUGCAGAUAGCAUCUUCUACUGCGGUUAUGAACUGUAUGUCGGAUGCAGAGGUUACAUCAGUCAACCAGAAACUGGCUGUGAAACUCCUUAAUAUUAUACAGAAUGAGGAGGUAAAAGACUUUGCUAGCAGACAGAAGCCUUCUUAUGAACUUAUCUUUCCGUUAACCAAUUGGUAUAAAACUGUUUUUGCAACUUGGAAACUUUUGGAUGCUUUCAUUAUGGAUGUCAGUGCUGCUUCUGUUUGGUUGUCUUCUAUCAAAUCAACACUGGCUCUAAAUGACAAAGUUCCUGAACACAUUACUCUGCUGAUUGCCUAUGUAAUUUUAAAAGAGGAUAGGGAGUGCCUUCACAGAGCUUUGGAUACAGCUACAGAAUUGGCUAAAGCCGAUGCUUCUCAGGUACCACAUCUCAUUUCUGUUUUGAUGUUUAAGUUGGGAAGACCACUGGAACCUACCCUGUAUCGGGCUAUUCUUUACACACUUCCUGCUCUAGGCACACACAAGAUUUGUGUUGCUCAGAUAAUUCGUGCUUUACAAAUGCUGUGGAAAACAACAAAACUUAAAGCCAUAUCUCUGCGCCUUAUGACAAUUCUAUGGGAAAAUCAGGACCGUGUUUAUCCAGAACUGCAGAAGUUCAUGGCAUUAGUUGAUGUGCCAUCAAUGUCGCUUGCUAAGGAAGAUCAGUGGGAACAGGUGAUAGCCAAAGCAGCAUCCAUGAGGGACAUAUGCAAAAAAAGAUCUUACCAGCAUGGAGCUGAUAUGUUGGCAGCAAUCUCCAAAGUACUGAAUGAAUGCACAAGACCAGACCAGACUACACCUACAGUUCUUGCACUUCAGGGCCUGCAUGCAUUAUGUCAAGCUGAGGUGGUUGAUAUUCGUUCGACGUGGUAUGCUUUAUCCCCAAAGCUCAGCUGUGACACACGACCUCUGGUUGUCAAAACCCUGACUGAAGUAUUUGCUCUGGUUCCUUUGCUAAAUGUGAAGUCCACGGAAUAUGAGAAAUUCAGAGCGCAAGUUGUAAGCAUAUUGUGGAGCCACACCCAGAGUAAGAACUCACUCAUAGCCUGCUCUGCAUACAAGGCUCUUUCGGUAUUCAACUCUGAGGAACAUACAGUUCUUCAUCUGCCAGAACAGGUAAGGCCAGAAAAAAUAAAUGAUUAUGAAGACAAUGACCUGGAAAUGGAUGUGGAAGGAGAAGAAGAAGAGAAGGAAGAAGACCUUUCGGUCCCAGGUGCAUCUUACAUGAAGCUGCUCUUAAUGACCCCUCUUCCUGUGUCCUCUGCUUUUGAAGAGUUUUUGUCAUCCCUUGUGACCCAAGAAUUAACUGCGAUGCCCCGUGGGGUGUAUUAUUCGGCACUUCGAGGCGGAACUGUACGCUCUGACCAAGGGAAGACUGUAGCAGGGAUUCCUAACUUCAUGCUCAAAACGUAUGAGAAGAACAAACAACCUGGACUGAAGUCUGGCCUGGCAGCUGGCUUAUUGCUUUGUUUUGAUCUACACGUUCAGACAGAUAAAGAUGGCAAGCCUAUUAAUCGCUUUCUUGUGAGUCGCGGACGUAGUUACCAGCAGAUGCUUGCGGCCCUUAUCCACGAGGUGCCUAUCCAACCUUCUGAGUGGCAUAAAUCGAUUUUGCUGUCCCAGGCAUGGCUAGGAUUUAUGGGAAGAACAUACCAGGCAGUUCUGCAGGGGAGACAGGCUGAACUGGAGAUGCAGCAGAAGCACGGAAAGGAUGAUCCUGAGGAGUUGCAGUACAAAAAGUUUAUAUCCUGGCUCUGGGUCAGGGACCUGCUGACUGAUGUAGUUAAAUCAGCUUCAAAGGACAGCCCUGUUGUGCAGGGAAAUUCCAUCCUCGCUUUGACUGGACUUGCUGUAACAGUGGCUAAAUAUGAAAGUAGCCUGCCCUCAGAAGCUAAUGAUACACCUGAAAUUGGGGCUGAUAUUUUACCAACAGAACACUGGAUAUCAAUGGUGGUGGAGACGCUGCUGAGCAUUGUCGACAGUCACUAUCGUCCAAAGGGGCGUAUCUUCCCAUGGUUCCAACAUAAAUCCUACUCUGGAGAGAACACAGCCAGUGCCAUAGCUCGCUCCUGUGCUGCCACUGCUUUGACGCUUCUUGUACCUGUUUUCAUCACGUCAUGCAAAGAGAGCAUCGAGGAGGUCUUGGGCAUUUUUGUUGCAGGUUUACCAGGAAAACCAAAUGCUGACCCCUCCCAAGCUGUUCAGUUUCACAUGGGAUUGGCCACUGGAAUGUUCCUGUCCCGUUUAUAUGAGGAACGAAUGAGUGAUGUCUCGGGGCAGAAGAUGAAUUUGCUGCUCAUGAAGUCACUUGAUGCUCUGGAGCAAUGUUGCUUUGAUACUAGCUUGGAAUACAAUACAGGAUGCAUCCUGGGAGUGGGGCUGGUUCUUUCCCUCAUGAGCCAAAGCAACCAAAUAGAGUCCCGUGUGCACGUCUCUGUCACUCUUGGUAAACUCUGUAGCAGCUUGGAUGAAAGUGCAACUCAGAGCAGGGUAUUGCAAGAGGUAUUGGCUUAUUCAGUGGCAUGUGUGAGUGUUUCUGCUUUCAGUGCUGGUAUCAUACACGCUAAUGAGGCUGAAGAGAUCAUGAACAAGUUGCGGACUCUGACAGAACAGAGCCAACAGACUCCAGGUUUUGCUAUGGCUCUCGGGAACAUGGCUCAUGGCUUGGCGGUCUGUGGACAUGGCAAGGCUGAAGACCUUAAUAACCGACUACUUCCUGCUUGGCUGAAGAUUCUUCUAUCUGAAGGUUGUCCCACAAUGCAUCGAUUAGCUGCGGUAAAUGGUCUUGUUGGUUUGGUGGGAUCUGAAAGUUCCCUGAUACAGCUGAAGUCAGAAACAAUCCAGUCAUCCCAGUUUCAAUCCAAGAUGAAUGAAGUUAUCAGAGCAAUGACUCAGAUAAUUAGCUUUUCUGGAGUCAUUGGACUCCAGUCCAAUGCUGCCUAUGCUUUAGGACAUCUUCACUUGACCAACAUGUCGUCCAGUCAGAGUAGAACAUCAGUGCCUCCAGAUUUUGGCUAUUUGCCAGAAAAGAGUGUCAUCAGGUCUGCUACUGACUAUAUCAUUGAAGCGGGAAAAAAAGGCCCUGAGAGAAUUCCUCCCCAGUUAGUAAAGGUUUUGUUGGGGCCCAUCGCUGGAUGUGGGAACAGUCAUCAGUAUCCCCCUGUUAACUGGGCUUCCAUACUUUCUCCACUUAUGAGACUGAAUUUUGGUGAGGACAUUCAGCAGCACUGCAUUGAAGUAGCAGUUACCCAGGCUCAGACAUCACAGAGUGCUGCAAUGUUUUUAGGGAUGUGGGUAGCACCACCAUUAGUGCACAGCCUGAACCUGGAGACAAGAAAAUACCUCUUUAUGUCUCUUGCUUCCUGGAUGAAACAUGUGCCAGAAGAUAAACUUCAGACAUUUGUUGAAGUCCUUGCAAUCCAGUCCUUUACAACAGAGAACAGGCAGAAAAGCCCAGAACUUUGUCAUUCUAUUCUACAAGGUCUGAAUGAAGCGAUGAAAGUUCCAACUCAAGUACAGCACAGCUGGAGCAUGUUGUGCAAAAGUGUUGAGGCGAUUUUUGAGAUGCUACCGAAUGAAAUCCAGGUCACUGAGCUGAACUUUUAUGUUGGGAUUGCCAAAUGCCUUUCUGAACUGGGUGAUACUGAGAUAGACAGAAUAACCCAGUCUACCAAGAAUACAAUUACAAAGGCCACCUUUGUCAGAGCUUACCUGCUUUCCCAGGGCCGAGUUCCUUUGCUGUGCUUUAAUGACAUCAUUGCUACUGCAAUGGGGAGCUGUCACAUGGAGACUGUCGUCUGGGUUAUGUUGCAGAGCUUUUACCAGUCUCGACUUGUCAGCCACCAGAACACAGGUGUAAUAAAACGGAUGGAAUGGCUGUUGGAGCUCAUGGGACACAUCCGAAAUGUUGCUUACGGGUCAGCUCCCAUGCAGAAUGCAGAUCCGAAAGAGGCUGUGGACUUUCUGCUGAGCAUCUUUGCUGCUGCUGUUGCUGCAUGGAGUGAUCACACUACACCGCUGAUGCUUGGCGUUCGAGCCAGCUGGUUGCCAUGGAUGGAAGGGAAAAGUUUCAUCGACUGCAAACAGUCUCCUUUCGGCAGAAGUUCAGUGGAUUCCUUGUCCGUAGAACAAUGUUUUCACUUUCUACCACAAAGCAUUCUCUUAUUACUGGCUAAGGACCCAUGGAAAGACCAAACACAAAAGUUCAUUGAUUGGCUGUUUACCAUAGCAGAAAGUCCACAUGAAGCAUUAUCAUUGGAUAAGUUGAAUAUAAUCAAAGCUACGCUGCUGGCACUGCGAUUUUUGCCUGAGUACAGGAAGAAAGCCAUCUGGACUCGCGCAUAUGGAUGGUAGCUGCCAAUUUUUUGACGGCUAAUCUGAUCAGUUUUAAGCAGGGGCCUGCCUUCGCCAGCAAGCUAAGACUCCACCGAUGGAAAGGAAGUGCCAACGUGAUAACGCACUCACGCAGCAAGAAGCCAAAUGUAUUACAAAGCCUUGAAAGACAAGCUGUUAGCUACUGACAAUGCAUAAGUGGCUGUAGAACUUGCAUGUCUAUCACAUACCACCUCUAUGUCAGAGAUAUCUUAUGCUAUUUGUUUACAGAAACAAAUCACCUCAAACAGUGCAUAGAGCUACAAUUAUAUUAAUGUGAUUUGUUACAUUCUUGAAGGUAUCACUAAUGUAUAAGGAAUACAUUUAAAGGCAGACGCAUUUAUCUCACGGGUUGAAGUUUUGUUCCCUGACCCUUUAAGAUUUGAAUGCCCUUUAAAGUAUUGAACAAAUAGCUUCUGUAAGAGUGUGUUGUGGUUCUAACCAUUUCAUGCCAGCAUUUUGUUGGCUACAAAAAAGAAAUGCCACUGCAAAUCAGAUUGAUGAAAUAAAAACAUUCAUUUAUGUCCAGAAACUGGUAAAUUUGAAGCUUUUGUGUGAAUGUUGAUUCAAACUAUGAUUAAAAGCUGUUUCAUCCUGAAA